UUCCCGAACUAGGAAAGCCACGCCGCGCCAGCCUCUCUCAGAUGCAGCUAAAAGUCCUCCUCCCAUCUCGGGUCCCCGUCUCAUGAGCUCCCCAACUCCCCAGCCCUCGGCCCGGCAGGGUGGGAGGAGGGAGGAGGUGGGGCAGGAUGCAUGCAGGAGGCGGGUCCCCAAGGAUCUCCACCCGCAACCAAAACGCCGGAGGCUUUAAGCUGGCGCUCAGUGGCGGCUCCGCGCACAGCGAGUCCCGGAGCCCGAGUUGUAGCCGAGACAGGUCCCUCCGAAUGGCACAAGAUAUACCCCAUUGCCCAAGGGGACCGCCAGUCUCCCAUCGACAUUGUCUCCAGUCGGGCUGUCUAUGACCCUACUUUGAAGCCCCUGGUCCUGGCUUAUGAGUCCUGCAUGUCGCUCAGCAUCUCCAAUAAUGGACAUUCCGUCAUGGUGGAGUUUGAUGAUGUGGAUGACAGGACAGUGGUGCAGGGGGGCCCCCUGGAUGGCCCCUACCGGCUGAAGCAGUUCCAUUUUCACUGGGGGAAAAAACACUGCUUAGGUUCAGAACACACAGUGGAUGGGAAGUCCUUCUCCAGUGAGCUCCAUUUGGUUCACUGGAAUGGAAAAAAAUAUAAGACCUUCGCAGAAGCAGCUGCAGCCCCGGAUGGCCUGGCUGUGGUCGGCAUCUUCCUGGAGACCGGAGAUGAACAUGCCAGCAUGAACAGACUGACAGAUGCACUGUACAUGGUCAGAUUCAAAGGAACCAAAGCCCAAUUCAACAGCUUCAAUCCCAAAUGCCUCCUACCCAUGAACCUCCACUACUGGACCUACCCAGGGUCGCUGACCACACCACCCCUGAGUGAGAGUGUGACUUGGAUAGUGCUCAAGGAACCCAUCACCAUUUCAGAGAAACAGAUGGAAAAAUUUCGGAGCCUCCUUUUCACUGCAGAGGAUGACGAGAAGGUUCACAUGGUGAACAAUUUCCGGCCCCCUCAGCCACUGAAGGGGAGAGUGGUUCAGGCCUCUUUCCAGUCCUGAAGGGGGUCAUGCUGUCACCGGUAACAGCAAUGAUGUCCAAAGUGCUUCCAUAUCAGCUAAGACCAAACCAGGUGUGCAGCCCUUUGGUCAUGGACUGAAUUCUCAGAGCCAUUUGGGUGUUGGGGACAGAGUAGGAGAGGGAAUGGCCGUUUCGGCUGCAUUAUUAGUUCCCUCUAGUCCAUUUCUAAUUGACUUUGGGAGUUUUUCUUACCAAAGGAAUCACCUGAUUUAAAUGCUAAGAAACCCUCUACUCCCAACCCCCAACUCUGCUAUCCCAUAGUCUCUUGACAGCUUUGAAACUGACCAGGCUUUUAAAAAAUCCAAACCUGGGGGAAAAUUAAAAUCUACCUGGGCUAGAGCCACCUAAAGCUGCAAGAAAUAGGAGAAUGAAAGGGUGACUUCCUAGUUCCUGGUUGAUGGAGAGGGAGGUAGAUAUUAGUAACUGUCAGGAAUGACUCUUGGGGUUUGACCUGCCUGCCCCUUUCUAGGGGUGCUCUUCCCGCUCUGUCCCCUCCACAGUGCAAGCUCUUUCCCCUGGAACAAAACACUUUGCUCUUCCCCUCCAGUAGCUCUGGCACCUUCUUGAACCCUCUACUGUGAUAAGGCCCUGUGGUCCAAGGCCAUGGGCAGCUGUUGGCAAGACAAAAAGCAAUAAUUAUAGCAGGUGUAAGAUCCCUUACCAGUGCUACUUACCUCGGAUAAUGAAAUUAGGCACUGAAACUGAACUGCAAGAAGGCUGUGGGGUUGUUGUUGUUUUUGCCAUUUCACUGCCAACCAUUAAAAACAUUGAUGUGAUGUUGCUUGUGUUUUUGUGUAUUGAUCUGCUGUCUGUCCAGUCUGCCCCCUGACAGUAGAGAUGGGCAUGAGGUGGGGGUGGGGUAGCCACAGAUUAUGGUAUUUAUUUACUCAUUCAUUGAUUCAUUCACUUGCUCAGGCAUUCAUUCAUUUAUUCAUUUCCUUGUCCAUCUCUUUGUUCAUUCAUUCAUUUUUGUGAUUUCCUACCUCUCUCCCCACUCCCCACCCCCAACCGCUGUCCUAGUCACUUAACUUCGUACUUAAACUAUAGAGGAAGGAAAGAAUUUAUGGUACUAAGCAUGAUUUCUGCUCUGAAUAUGUGUGAUACAUGGCCAUAAACUCUAGAAAAAGAUAAUUGAACAGACUGGCCAGAAUUUAUCAUCUGAAAUAAUAGGAAUAUACAUUUCUAGUUUAUAUAAAGUUUAUUAAACUAUUUCUAGUUAAUUUCCAAGUUUAUGAAGUGCUUUUCUUCACAUCCUAUCUGUGAUGUGGGUGCAUGAAUUUUGUCCGUGUGUGUGUGUGUGCGCGCGCGCGCGCAUGUGUGCGCGUGUGCAGUGGUAAAUGUUUAAUUACAGGUUCUUCAAAAGAAAAAGAAAAUUCACACCACACUUUUAACUAUUAACAUUUAUUCAUUAUUAACAUUUUCUUCAUAACUUUCUUAAAUCUCAACGAUCAACAAAAUCAUGAAUCAAGUAGAGUAAGACCUGGGUUCAAAUUCUACCCCUAAUACAAACUGGCUUUCUGAUUCUGGGCAAAUCAUUUAACCUCUCAUUUAACCUGCUGUAGGCAAGUCUUUAGGAGAAUAUAAUAUUCUUUAUUGGUUAUCCACAUUUUAAAGAUGGAACUGAGACAUCAGAGGGGGCAGCUUGCUCAGAGUCACAUAGGUAGUAAAGAUCAGUUUGGGGAUCCAAUUUUACCAUCUAUCAAAGGAGAGGAUCAUACACUACUAUCAUUGCUCAUGGAUGUGUAGAUAAGAGUGCUACAUUUAGAAUCAGGGAGAUCUGGGUUCAUCUCCCACCUCAGACACAGCCUAGCUGCAUGACCCUGGGCAAGUCACUUAAACUCUCUUGGCCUCAGUUUCUCAUCUGUAAAAUGGAGGACUUGAACUAGCCGGCCUCUAAAGUUCCUUACAGCUCCAUGAUCCAUGCCGGAAACUAUUUAGGGAUUGUUUUCAAAGCUAGUUUAGGGACAUAAAAAUGGA